GGGAGUGUCGGCCCUUGACAGAAAUAGAACACUCCAGAGAGGUAAAUCAUUAACACGCUGCCUUCAUUGCCAUGGGCCGGACAUCAUGUGAGACAGCAGCAGCCCUGCAAGCACUGCAUAAUCCGCAAUACACACUUUUUGCCUAUCUGUAGCUAGCAGAUUGGACAAACGGCACAGUGAAAUCACAUGCGAUCAGUUAGCGUCCACGGAGCUUGCUGGUCAUGGGCAACAUGGAGGAACCCGUUGAGGAGUACAAGUCUCCAUUCAACUUUGAGCAGGGAGUGAACACCAGCUACCUCUUCCUGUCACCCAAUGAGAAUUUCACUCCUCCGGGCUCACCAGUACUGUCAUACAGAGGCACCCAGAGGCCAGACUCCAUUCCAGAGGUGGGUGAAGAUGCAGCGAAUACAGUAGGACCAUCUCCAUCCAGCAUGGCCCUGACUGAGGAAGAGCAAGCAGAACUCUACAGUGAACUAGUAAAGGUUGAAGAUGAGAUCCAGACUCUUUCUCAGGUGCUGGCGGCAAAGGAGAAGCAGGUGGUGGAGAUUAAGAGGAAGCUGGGCAUCACUCCACUCAACGAGCUCAAACAAAACCUGAGCAAAAGCUGGCAUGAAGUCACCACCUCCACUGCGUAUAAGAAGACCUCAGAAACUCUGUCCCAAGUGGGUCAGAAGGCGACGACUGCAUUCUCUAGCGUGGGCUCAGCUAUUAGUAGAAAGCUGGAGGAUGUUAGGAACAAGCCCACCUUCAAAUCAUUUGAGGAGAAAGUGGAAACUUUAAAGAUGAAAGACGUUCUCUCUCAGUUUUACUGACCAACCACUGGGUGGCGCCAUGAUGAUUCUGACUGCCGCUGGACUGUUUUUUUGUUCCUGUUGAAUUUGCUGUAAGCGAUUUUUGCUGUUCUGAAACUUCCACGAGAUUGAGCAGUUAAAUUAGACACGCCCCCUCUUUUCAAAACCCCUCCCUCCAAAGAUAGCUUUGAGACUGAGUUGGUCUUCUCACAUUUGUCAAACACAGCAGCAGCAAAAUAGCACCCUCAACUGAUGACUGUUGUGAAUCUGAAUAUGACAUUAAAGGUGAUGCAAGUGAUUUUUUUUUUCAUGGAAAGGUAUGCAAACAUUUUUACUACCUUGAAAGAUAUUAAUGAAAAAAGUGUCCUGAGAUAUCUCACCGGCUUCUGUGACAGCUCUAGGCUCUGUAAACAGCAAACAAAAAUGUGUCAGUGAGCCGUGGAAAAUGACACUUUGUGAGUAUUCAAUACUCAGAGUAUUGUAGUUGCAGCAAAUUAUUCCAAGUGUAUCUGUGUCCCACGAGACUACAAGGAACACCCACUUCACGACACACCCACUACAUGUAAUGCCGCCCCUUGGAUCAUCAAGUGAUUCUAUUGGCUACAAGAACGUUUAAAAUCCUAUGCAAUCACUGUAUGAUUUCUCUUAACUCUUUAAAUAUGAAAAGAAUAACUUUGAAAUUAUGUCACGUAUCAUAUUAUUAAACAGAAGCUAUAAAUGGUAAACUGAACUUACUUUAAUGUGAAAUUUUGUGGAAGUGCUCUUUAUUCCUGAAGGUGUUUGUACAAUUUCUGCUUGUUCAAUAAUAAUAAUAAAAAGAUAUAAAUGGUCAGAUAAACUUUUAUCUGUUCUGUUUUCUCCAGUUAGCUUACAGGCUAAUCAGUUAGCCUAUUAGCUUAGCAUACACUAGCUUCUCUUUACUUUCAUUACAUUUCUCCUCACAGUCGCCGCCUAGUGAUACAGUGUAGGAUUGAAUUCAAAAGUUUCAAAAUUUGCUGUAUAUUUAAUGGUUUUACAAACUUUUCAUUUUUAAAAUCUUUGUGGUAAUGUUUAGGUUUAGAGUUCUGGAUAGAUGUAGGUGUAUGGUUGCUGCGGGACUCUAAAUAAACAUAACAAACAGUGUAUGAAUGUGGCAUCCAACUGUUCCAAUACUUCAGGAUUUCGCUGGUUAUUUGGCGUAACUUGUAGUGGGCAUGUCUUGUAAUAGUCUUGCAGGCCGCAGACAGACCCCUCUCAAUUAUUGAGGCUUACUGCCAUUUUUAUGCCAUGUUGUUCAUAACAGUUGUCAGUUGAGGGUGCUAUUUUGCUGCUGUUGUUUUUAACAACUGUUUCUGCUAGUGUCGGUCUCAAUAAAGCUCAUUUGAUAGCUUUGAAGUGUGGAGUUUUGGGGAAAGGGGCGUGGCUAAUCCAACCGCUCAGUUUGGGAAAUUCUAGAAUGGCUAAAAUCGCUUACAACACCUUUAAACCUGAAUUUUCCACUUCAACUAAUACACUUUGAGAACAUGCAAAAUAUUGACAGGCAGAAAGCACAUCAAAGUCUUCUGAUUGGCUGAACAAAGAAUCUGUCCGUUUGCCGUUUACACAGUCUAGUGCCGUCACAGAGAACGACGAGAUCUCAGAACAAUUAUUUCAGUGAUAUUUUUCAGGGAGAAGGAACAUUUUCUGUAUACCAUCAUUUCAUGUCAUCUCCUUAAACUUUGAGGAGUGAAGCACUGUCAACAGAUGUUUAAUCGCGACUGUAAACAUAUAUAACAGUGCCCAAACUAUGCAGUUAAACUGCUAUUUAUUUACAUAAUUCUUUUAAAUCAAAAGUUUAAUAUAAUUACAUUAGUUAACGCACUAUGAAGUAACGAACUAACAAUGAACAAUUGUAAUUUUAUUAACAAGCAUUAACAGAUUAAUAAAUGCUGUAACAAAUAUAUUGUUCAUUAUUACUUAAUGAUAUCUAAUGCAUUAACUAAUGGAACCUUAUUGUAAAAAUUGUUACUGCAAAUUUAAAGUACAAAUAAAAGUUAAAUCUUGGGAUUUUAAGAAUCGCUAUCAGGAUCGCGAUUAAUCGGAAAAUCGAUAUUUUUACCCAGCCCUCUACAUUGUGUCGACAUAAUUAAACCAAGAUGUGCAAAUGACAUUUAUCGGACUUGACUUGCUUUUUGCCAUCAGUAUACGUUAAAUCUAAUUUGAGAAAGAAUCUUUGUUUUUUUUUAUAUGUUAAAGAGAUAUUUUAGAUGUGGAAAUUGUUUCUGCAAUGGAUCUGAACCUUUUGCAAUAACAAUAUCAGCUCUUCUCCUAAUGUGACUAUUCUUUAGUUACUAAUGUUGCAUUCAUAUAUGCAUAAAAAAAUCGAAAUUAUUUUUACAGUUUUUGAAAAGCCACCAAUUUGAAGAGCGUUCCUCUAUUUUCCUUUUCAUGAUUACAAUAUAAUUUUCCUUUAAAAGCCUAAAAAUAUACCAUCCAGUUUUUCAAAGCUACAUUUAUAGCUAUUGCAUCUACAAUAAAACCUGUCACCCAUCAACAAAUUUGUCCUUCACAUUGGCAUAAAGACAUCAAGUACCUUCUUCACUGCAACAGCUUCAAAAUAGUACAUGUAAUCAAUGUGCAAUAAGAAACAAUAAACAGUUAUUAAAUAUAUAACAAAUUAUAUAUGCUGAAUUUGGGGAAGGUAUAAUUUUGGUAAGUGGCAUGGAUCACCCAAACUGUCCUCUUUUAUGGCUUUACAACUCAAUUGCUGCAUCUUUCUUUUCUGCUAGCAGUGGCAUGCAAAGAUGAAGACAUCCUGAGUUUUCCUUUUUAUCUCUUUACACAGCAGAAUUCCAUCAUGUUCACUGGGCAUCAGAUGCCCCUCCUAACAUCAAACAAUGCACUUCUUAAACCAGGAAUGUCAAACAAAGAGACAAUGGGACAGAAAUGAGUCAACUAAAUAUAAAAAGCACAGUUUGGGCUGACUGCUAGCAUUAUAUUGGUCUUUUAGAUCAACUGGUCCUCACUUUCAGCUUGUAUUUGAAGUGCUUUUGCAUCAUCCUUCAGGCAUUUGUUAUUGUCGCCUUCUGCUACUGAGUUCUUAUGCGGUUUCAUUUAUCAUUAGCAUCUGUCUGUUUUUAUGGCAGUCCCCCUCUUUCAGUGUGCACAUGCUGCUAGAACAGGUCUACAAUGAAGCCACACAAAUCUGGCCUUCAGCCCAGACCCAGUGGAAUGGCAGCAGUAUGUGGCACAGUGACUAUCAGCUUUUCCGCCAAUCAGAAUCGAUUGCUCUCCCUUAAAGGAAUAGUUCACCCUCAAAUAAAAAUAAAUUACACACCCUCGUGUCGUUCCAAACCAGUAUGAUCUUCUGUGGAACACAAAAGGAAAUGUUUUGAAGAAUGUUCGCGUUGCUCUUUUCCAUAAAACAGUGACAAGCGGCUGUCAAACUCCUAAAAGCACCAUAAAUUACCAUUAAAAAAAAAUCAAUACAACUGGUGUGCUACAGUGGCAAGAAAAGGUAUGUGAACCCUUUGGAGUUACCUGCAUUUAUGUAUAAAUUUGUUUUAAAAUCUGAUUUAAUCUUCAUCUAAGUAACAAUAAUGAACAAACACAAUCUGUUUUAACUAAUAACAAAUUAUUGCAUUGUUCUUGUACAUACUGAAAACACCAUUCAAACAUUCAUAGUGUAUGUGAACCCCUAGGCUAAUGGCAUCAACAAAAGCUAAUUAGUGUCAGGAGUUGGCAAACCUGGCAUCCAAUCAAUGAAACGAGAUUGGAGGUAUGGGUUAGAGCUACUUUGACUUAUAAAAAACACUCAAACAUUUUGAGUUUGCUAUUCACAAGAAGCAUCUGCUGACAUGGACCAUGCCUUGCAAAAAAAAAAAAGAGAUCUCAAAAGACCUACAAUCAAGAAUGGCUGAUUUGCAUAAGGCUGGAAAGGGUUACAAAGUUAACUUGAAGAGCUUAGAUAUUCAUCUGUCAACAGUUAGACAAACUGUCUAUAAAUGCAGAUGAUUUAGUACUGUGGCUACUCUCUCUAGAAGUGGCCAUCCAGCUAAGUUGACUCAAAGGGCACACCGCAGAAUACUCAAUGAGGUAAAAAAAGAACCCAAGAGUGACAGUUAAAGAUUUGAAGGAAUCACUUGAACUGGUUAACAUCUCUGUUCAUGAGUCUACUAUACAGAAAACAUUAAACAGGCAUGGUGUCCAUGGUAGGAGACCACGAAGGAAGCCGCUGCUUUCCAACAAAAACAUUUCUGUGUGCCUAAAGUUUUCCAAAGACCAACUUGACACUCCACAACGCUACUGGAAAAAUGUUUUGUGGACUGAUAAAACUAAGGUUAAAUUGUUUGGGAAGUAGACAUAGCAUUACACCACAUUUUAUGACGAAUUUAGAAAACCAUCUAAUUCCAAAGAGUUCACAUACUUUUUCUUGCCACUGUAUAUUUAAAUUAUUAUUUACAGAAAAUCGUUGGAUAUG